CUUUGUUUGGACAGCUGUCCUGUAAUAAUUAAUUGAUUCUUUUUACAAUUGCUGUAAAAUACGGUAUCUUAUAGUUUCAACUUUCAAGGCUUUUUGAAGAUCCUUCACCAUAUUAUAUGCAUGUAAAAUAGAAGGCCUUACACGGGCUCACUUGAUUUGGGCUUAGUAUUGGGCUAGUAAAUCGAGUAAAAAUCACGAGGGCAUUUUGGUAAUAACCUCAAAUUCGAAAUGUGAGAGAAACUUGGGGGGUGGGGUACUGAAAGUGGAGGGUAAUGGUAAUGUGGGUGUUAACCGCAUCCAACCGUCACUACAAAACCCAAAGAAACUUCCGCACACACAGAGAAGAAAAAAAUAAACACAAAUCGAAAGUGAGAGAGAUGAGGAAAUUGGAAACGAAGAAGGAAGAGAUAAAGAAAGGGCCAUGGAAAGCCGAAGAAGACGAAGUAUUAAUCAACCAUGUUAAGAGAUACGGUCCUCGUGACUGGAGCUCCAUUCGAUCCAAAGGUCUUCUUCAACGCACUGGCAAAUCUUGUCGUCUCCGUUGGGUCAAUAAACUCCGUCCCAAUCUCAAAAAUGGAUGCAAGUUCUCGGCUGACGAAGAGAGGACUGUGAUUGAGUUACAAUCUGAAUUUGGUAACAAAUGGGCGAGAAUCGCUACGUAUUUACCGGGAAGAACUGAUAACGAUGUGAAGAACUUUUGGAGUAGCAGACAAAAGAGACUCGCUAGGAUUCUUCAUAACUCCUCUGAUGCAUCGAGUUCGAGUUUCAAUCCCAAAUCUUCUUCUUCUCAUCGAGUCAAGGGUAAAAACGUCAAACCAAUCCGUCAAUCCUUCAACGCCUCUCAGGGCUUUGGUUUGGUUGAGGAAGAGGUUACAGUUGCUUCUUCAUGUUCCCAGAUGGUUCCUAAUUCAUCUGAUCAAUUUGAUGAUGAAACCUUGAGGUUGCCGGAUUUGGGUGUUAAGUUAGAGCAUCAGCCUUUCGCUUUUGGCACUGAUCUUGUUCUAACAGAGUUCUCUGACUCACCGAAUGAUGCAAAUCAGCAAGGAAUUAUCCCUUUCUCUCCAGAAAGCAGAGAGCUUUUGGCUAGACUCGACGACCCUUUUUACUAUGACAUACUUGGACCAGCUGAUUCUUCUGAGCCAUUGUUCGCUCUUCCUCAGCCGUUUUUCGAGCCAUCGCCAGCGCCAAGAAGAUGCAGACAUGUUUCAAAGGAUGAAGAACCUGAUGUAUUCUUAGAUGAUUUCCCGGCUGACAUGUUUGAUCAAGUUGAUCCAAUCCGAAGUCCUUAGAUUGUUGAUCUUGUUUGUAGAUGGUUUCCUCUGUGUGUUAAUUGUUUCUAGAUGUUUCAAACAACAAUCUAACUACAUUCUUAUGUAAUGACAAUUCUUGUUCCCUUGUUAUUAUGUGAAAGGAAGUUGUGUUGUUGUUUU